AUGACGGAUUCAACCAUUGACCAGCCUGUGCUCCACAAUGGAUCACAAGGUCACCGUGUUCCACUGCUUAUCAACGAUGCUCCAAUCUUGAGAGAAGAUGAUACUUCAAGACAUCACUCAUUUGAAGGAGGGUAUUUCCAGGGCGCUGAUUUGUCUGACUGCGCGGAUGCUGUAUCGAGUUGCAGUAAAGCAUUUGUGACGUGGUCAACAACUUCUCCGACCCAUAGACGCGGCCUUCUCUUACGUCUAGCACAGGUGCUACAGAACCAUCAGCAGGAAGUCCGAAACAUUAUGAAGUCUGAGAUCUACUGCGACGAUGAGUGGGCAUCCAUCGGUGUCACCACCAGCAUCGAUUUGAUCGAGCAGUCUGCGUAUCUGCUGACGGCGGGAACCAUGAGUGGCACCAUCCCGCACACCCAACCUGAAGGGUCAUACGGUUUGGUGUUUACUCGUCCUUUGGGAGUUGUUCUGGGAAUUGCUCCCUGGAACUCACCUCUCUUCUUGGCCCUUCGAGCGGUGAUCGCCCCGUUGGCUACUGGAAACACAGUUAUUCUCAAGGGUUCUGAGCUUAGCCCUCGAACACAUUACUUCGUCGCCGGGUUAUUUGCAAAAGCUGGGUUCCCUCCAGGUGUCGUCAAUUUUAUUCUCCACCGACCUGAAGAUGCCCCUGAGGUAGUUGGAUAUCUCAUUCGCGACCCUGCUGUCAAAAAGGUUAACUUCACUGGCUCAACACAAGUUGGGCGUAGUAUUGCUCAGCAAGCAGGACUGGCUCUGAAGCCGGUAUUGCUGGAGCUUGGUGGGAAGAACUGUUGCAUCGUCUUAAAGGACGCAGACAUAAACCGUGCAGCAGAAGCAGCUCUUGCUGGAGCAACACUAAAUGGCGGACAGAUAUGCAUGUCUACAGAUCUUGUCCUAGUGGAAAAGGAUGUCGUAGAUGAGUUUCGUGCAGAGCUUACAAAACAUCUGCGAAGCAAGAACGGGUCGGCGUAUCGGCUUGUUGGGCUAAAGAGUCAGUCGAGAGUACAAGCUUUAGUCUCCGAUGCAGAAGCCAUGGGAUCUUCUUCAAAGUCUUCUACGGGGCACCAGACUGACCCAAACCUAAUACCGAUCACAAUCCUCGAUAAUAUCCACAGCUCUAUGGAUUUCUUCCGGACAGAGACUUUCGGUCCCUGUCUUGGAAUCGUCGCUGUUUCUAACGAGGACGAGGCGGUGAAGAUUGUCAACGAUAGUGAUUACGGGUUGUCUGCUGCGAUAUGGACACGGAAUCAGUAUGCAGCAUUGGAAAUGGCGCGUCGUCUUCAAGUUGGCGCGGUACAUAUCAACUCGUCUACGGUUCAUGAUGAAGCGACCUUGCCUCACGGAGGAACAAAGCUGAGCGGAUUUGGAAGAUUUGGUGCGGAAUGGGGGUUGAAGGAAUUUGUUGAGACUCAAACAGUUAUCAUGCACGCGUAA